CUCAUUGCCUAACCACAGACUCGUCCGUGCUCACACUCAGUUCAUUCGGGCGGAGCCCCGCUAUAAAUUCCUGCCUUGCUUGCAGACCAUCUCGUGCGCAGGACAUUCUUUCUUCUUCAGGUGACGCUCUGCCUUUAUCACGACAGUCACAAUGCCGUCUGAUCUGGAGAGUGCAAUGGAGACACUGAUCAUGGUGUUUCACCGUUAUGCGGGUAAAGAGGGUAACAAUGCAACCCUGAGCCGCAAAGAGCUCAAACAGCUGAUGGAGAUGGAGCUGUCUAGCUUUCUUAAGUCUCAGAAGGACCCUGCGGCAGUAGACAAGAUUAUGAAGGAUCUGGAUACUAAUGGUGAUGGAGAGGUGAAUUUUGAGGAGUUUGUGUCUCUUGUGGUGGGCUUGUCCAUUGCCUGUGAGCAGAUCUACCAGAAGCAGAAGCAGAAGCAGAAGCAGACAGCGGGUCAAAAAAAGCCAUGAACGAAAAACAUGAGGAGAAAUAGGAAUGUCAGUUGGAAGUCAUUACUGCGAAUGUGCAAAGUUACAGUGUAUUUGUGUUGCCAAGGAGUAUUUUUUGACAGAUAAAUGUAGAUAAAAGAGCAUUUUGUUAAAUGAUGAUCACAUUUAUUGUAAGACUCGUAAGAAUUUACAUAAAAGAUAUCAUCCCUAGUCAUGUAAGUCUCACCAUGAAAAUAAAAACUCAAUAAAUGUAUUUCUUUGCCUCAA